UUAUUGGAUAAAUGAUAAUGGUGGACCAGGCUUCUGGUAAGUAUCAAGUUGACGUGUGUGUGUGUGUUCAUAUUCUGGGCUGAGGGUGUUACUCAGUGGCUUCCUGUCACUGUUAUAAGCCUACAGCCUCACAUGAGGAAAUCAAAUCCACCAGUGUGCUUCUGAAGAAAAGGUUGAGAACAGUAGCCACUUCAUUUGUCAAUGUGUCUUUUGAACGAGGACAGGAGACCAGGCUGCUAAGAUGGAGCGUUCCGAGCCUGGAAGGUGUCAACUAGACUGCAUGGACUCUGAAAUAUCAAGUACUCUCUCCAGGAUGUCAGUGGCCCGGUCCAGCCCGUGUACCCCUGAUCGACCUUCCCACCCCGCGGCCCCCGGGCCCCUCCAGGCACCUCUCGGCCCUGCCUUGGUCCAGUUCCAGCUAGGCCUCUUCAGGGAGGUGGUAUGGGUGCCUAGGGGGCAGCUCAGCUUUCACCACGCCAAGAGACUGGCGGCAGAGGUCAUAGAACGCAAGGCUCCAGACUGCAGUGUGGUGGGUGUAGGGGAGAAGGUCCUCCUGUUUAGACACCAGCCUGGCUCAGAACACCACCUCCACAGACUCACAGACCAGGAUUCACUGCUGGACGGUGACCUCAUAGAGGUCAUCCUCUCAGGAUCAGCUGCUGUGACGGAGAUGAAGAUCGGCCCACACACCCUGGCUGUCCAAUCAUAUCGCACCCCCACCUUUUGUCACCACUGUGGUGAGAUGCUGUGGGGACUGAUACGUCAAGGGUUAAAAUGUGAAGGUUGUGGGUUAGACUUCCAUAAGCGCUGUGCGCUGCAGUUGCCUAGUGACUGUAGCCGCGCACGGCGUCGUGUGUGUGGCCCCAGCCUGUCCCUGUUCCCCCCUGGCAGGCCCCGGACGCACUCCCUCUCCACACCUGCGGGAGGCAGUCUAGAGGAGAUCAGCAUGUCCAAGCCCAGGUCCAGACCCCCGUCAUGGACAGAUCACCCAGUGUGGCUGGGGGUGGGCCAGGGAAAGGAUGGUGUGACGGGCAGGGCCAGGGUGCCCCACACCUUCCACAUCCACAGCUACACCAAGCCUACCGUGUGCCAGCACUGCCGCCACCUCCUCAAAGGCCUCUUCCGCCAAGGCCUGCAAUGCACCGACUGUAAGCUGAACUGCCAUCGUCGCUGUGAGAGCUCCCUGGUCCCCGCGGACUGUCCUGGAGAGAGGAGGAACACCAAUGGGGAAGGAGACUCAGUGUCCAGUCUCGGCUACAAGAACGACACAGAGGAUGAUGAGGAGGAUAUGAGCUUGAGUUUAACAUCACUAGAAGACGAUGACGACGAGCCGUCUACCGAGGUUCCAUUUGCUGAGAACAAAGUGGGACAUCAGCCACCAAUCAUUCCAUGUUUCAGUAGUUAUAUUCCUCUAAUGCGGGUCGUCCAGUCAGUCCGUCACAGUAAAAGACAGGCCAGUGGAGUACUGAGAGAGGGUUGGCUACUCCAUCACACCAACACUGACACACUGAGGAAACGUCAUUACUGGAUAUUGGACUGGAAGAGUAUCACUCUGUACCAGAACGAGAUCAACACCAAGUACUACAAGGAGAUUCCUCUAUCUGAGGUGCUGCAGGUACGAGGCCCCGCCCAGUUGUCUGUCCCCUUGUUGCCCGGCAACAGUGCCCACUCCUUCGAAGUGGUGACGGGCACGCUGGUGUACUGUGUGUCGGCGGGCCGGGACGGACAGGCCUGGGAGACCGCCGUACGCCAGGCUCUGAUGCCCGUGCUGAACAGUGGGCAGGUGGACAAACGGGGACAAGACCAUGAACCCCAGAGUGGAACAAGCCCGGAUGUCAGCUCAGUGUAUCAGAUCUUCACUGAUGAGGUGCUGGGUUCAGGACAGUUUGGAGUGGUGUAUGGAGGCACCCACAGACAGUCUGGUCAGCCAGUGGCCGUCAAGGUCAUCGACAAAACCCGUUUCCCUACCAAACAGGAGAGACAGUUGAGGAACGAGCAGGCAAUUCUACAGAAUCUGUCCCAUCUCGGUAUAGUUCUACUGGAGGGCAUGUUUGAGACCAUGGAGCACGUAUUCAUUGUCAUGGAGAAGCUCCAUGGAGAUAUGCUGGAGAUGAUUCUGUCCAAUGAGAAGGGCCGACUGCCAGAGCGCACCACACGUUUCUUGGUUACACAGAUUCUAGAGGCCCUGCGCUACCUGCACUUCAAACACAUCGCUCAUUGUGACCUGAAACCUGAGAAUGUACUGCUGGCCUCCCCAGACUCUUUCCCUCAGGUAAAGCUGUGUGACUUUGGUUUUGCCCGCAUCAUCGGCGAGAAGUCGUUCCGCAAGUCGGUGGUGGGCACGCCGGCCUACCUGGCACCCGAGGUCAUCAGUAGCCAUGGUUACAACCGCUCGCUGGACAUGUGGGCGGUGGGUGUGGUCCUGUACGUCAGCCUGAGCGGAACAUUCCCCUUCAACGAGGACGAGGACAUCAGACAACAGAUCACCAACGCUGCCUUCAUGUACCCCCGCCUGCCCUGGUCUAACAUCUCACUAGAGGCGGUGAGUCUUAUCAACAACCUGCUCCAGGUUGCAGUAAGGUGUAGGUUCAGUGUGGGAAAAGCACUGGGACACCCCUGGUUACAGGACUUCCAGUUGUGGUGUGACCUGAGGGAGUUUGAGAAGAGAAUGGGCUGCAGGUACCUGACUCACGAGGGGGACGAGGACCGCUGGAGAUGCCACGCCUUGGACAGGGGCCUGGUCUUCCCCUCUCACCUCACCUGGACCCCCGGGCACGAUGACAGCCUGUGACCCUAGGCCCAAAUGUCAAAGGUGACGGGUUGGACAAGAUGGCUCCUGGGCUACUGGUGUGUUUCAGUGGUGAUCAGCAUAAACAACUGUCUGGAUGCUGUUAGUGGAAGGUGGAGUCUGUAUUUAUAGCAGUCUCGUAGAAAAAGAUCACUGGAAGAGAUGACGACUCCGGAUUCGGACACAGUGACAAAUCCUGGACUUUAUGGUGCCUUAGUGGUGCCAGUUCUUAUAGUGGUUAUUGUUUAAUAAAUCAUAAUAUUAAGACUGUUUUAGGCCCUUUUUAUUUAACCUUUAUUUAACUAGGCAAGUCAGUUAAGAACAAAUUCUUAUUUUGAAUGACGGCCUAGGAACAACUGCCUUGUUCAGGUGGCGGAACGACAGAUUUGUACUUUGUCAGCUGGUGGAUUUGAACUUGCAACCUUUCGGUUACUAGCCCAAUGCUCUAACCACUAGGCUACCCUGCCCGCCCUCUGUGCCCCAGAGUAGUAGUUUACCAGGAUCACAAGGCAGGUUCUCUGUCCUUCUACAAAAUUCAUCCUUCUAUGACCCUCCUCCACAGAGUCCAGACAAAUUCACUCAGCCCCUCUAUCCUGCGUUUGGGAGGUAUUGGUACGAUACUGAGAUGUGUAAGCCUUGGUAGAGGUGAUGGCCUACGUACACUAUAUAUGCAGAAGUAUGUGGACACCCCUUCAAAUUAGUGGAUUAGGCUAUUUCAGCCACACCCAUUGCUGACGGGUGUAUAAAAUCGAGCACACAGCCAUGCAAUCUCCAUAGACAAAUAUUGGCAGUAGAAUGGCCUUACUGAAGAGCUCAGUGACUUUCAGCAUGGCACUGUCGUAGGGAUGCCAUCUUUCCAACAAGUCAGGUCAUCAAAUUUCUGCUCUGCUACAGCUUCCCCAGUCAACGGUAAGUGCUGUUAUUGUGAAGAAGAAACAUCUAGGAGCAACAACAGCUCAGCCGCGAGGUGGUCGGCCACACAAGCUCACAGAACAGGACCGCCGAAUGUUGACGAGCGUAACUGUCCUCAGUUGCAACACUCACUACAGUGUUCCAAACUGCCUCUGGAAGCAACGUCAGCUUCCAGAGGCAUGAAAUGGGUUUCCAUGGCCGAACAUACACACACAAGCCUAAGAUCACCAUGUGCAAUGCCAAGCGUCGGCUGGAGUGGUGUUAAGCUCGAUGCUAUUGGACUCUGGGGCAGUGGAAAGGCGUUCUCUGGAGUGAUGAAUCACUCUACACCAUCUGGCAGUCCGACGUCCAAAUCUGGGUUCGCCGGAUAUUAGGAGAAUGCUACCUGUCCAAAUGCAUAGUGCCAACUGUACAGUUUGGUUUAGGAGGAAUAAUGUUCUGGGGCUGUUUUUCAUGGUUCAGGCUAGGCAGCAUACAAUGACAUUCUAGAUGAUUCUGCCCUUCCAACUUUGUGGCAACACUUUGGGGAAGGCCCUUUCCUGUUUUAGCAUGACAAUGCCCCCGUGCGCAAAGCGUGGUCCAUACAAAAAUGGUUUGUCGAGAUCGGUGUGGAAGACUGGCCUGCACAGAGCCCUGACCUCAACCGUAUCGAACAACUUUGGGGUGAAUUGGAACGCCGACUGCAAGUCGGGCCUAAUCGCCCAACAUCACUGCCUGACCUCACUAAUGCUCUUGUGGCUUGAUGGAAGCAAGUCCCUGCAGCAAUCUUCCAACAUUUAGUGUAAAGCCUUCCCAGAAGAGUGGAGUCUGUUAUAGCAGCAAAGGGGGGACCAACUCCAUAUUAAUGCCCAUGGUUUUGGAAUGAGAGGUUCAACGGGCAGGUGUCCACAUGCUUUUGGUCAUAUAGUGUGUGAUGCUUUAACAUUUUCCUGUGCGUUUGUUUUUCACAAUGAUUGGAUCAAAAAACUGUCCACUCGAUGGCGCUGUUUGCCAAACAAUAAACAGCAUUGCUAAUCUA